UCCUGUUCGGCUUUCGGCGCAGCAACAUAUAAUGAACCUGUCCUUCCUCGGAGCUAGCGUUUAAUCAGCUCUAUCAAAAAUCUACUGAUUCUUACAGAGCUGGAGUUAAACUAAACACACGACACGGCCUGGCUUCCUGUUCUAUGUGCUGUAACUGGCAUCCAUGAGCGACAGUCACCCUUUACGCCCGCUGGGCUCGGCGGCUGAGGUCGACCACAUGCACCUUCUCUCCGAGCAGCUGGCGGCGCUGGUGCCCGAUGAGGAAUACAGCGACGUCACCUUUCUGGUGGAGGAGAAGCGCUUUCCUGCUCACAGGGUCAUUCUGGCUGCUCGCUGUCAGUACUUUAGAGCUCUGCUGUAUGGUGGCAUGAGGGAGUCUCAGCCACAAGCCGAGGUCCGUCUGGAGGACACUCGGGCGGAAGCCUUCUCGAUGCUCCUGCGUUAUCUCUACACAGGCAGAGCCAACCUGAGCGAAGCCAAAGAGGAGACGCUGCUGGACUUCCUGGGCUUGGCGCACCGCUACGGUCUCCAGCCCCUAGAGGCCUCCACCUGUGACUACCUGCGCACGCUGCUCAACGCACAGAACGUAAGUCUGAUCUUCGACGUGGCCAGUCUGUACCACCUGAGCAGUCUGGCCGAGGCAUGCUGUGCUUACAUGGACCGGCACGCAGUGGAGGUGCUCAAGUCCGACGGCUUUCUCGCACUUUCCAAGUCUGCCCUGCUGACAGUAGCUCAGAGAGACUCGUUCGCUGCGAGUGAGAGAGAGAUCUUCCAGGCGCUGUGCCGCUGGUGCAAACAGAACAGCGAGGAACCCGGCGCACGCGAGGUGAUGUCGGCGGUGCGACUCCCCCUAAUGAGUCUGUCCGAAAUGCUGAACGUGGUCCGGCCCUCCGGGCUCCUGAGUGCCGACGAACUGCUCGACGCCAUCCAGACGCGCUCAGAGAGGAGGGACAUGGAGCUCAACUACCGCGGCAUGCUCGUCCCAGAAGAGAACAUAGCCACUAUGAAACACGGCGCCGUUGUAGUGAAAGGUGAGCUGAAGUCGGCUCUGCUGGACGGAGACACUCAGAACUACGACCUGGACCACGGCUUCACCAGACACCCGAUAGAGGAGGAUGGACGCAGCGCCGGGAUCCAGAUCCGUCUGGGCCAGCCGUCCAUCAUCAACCACAUCCGUCUGCUGCUCUGGGAUAAAGACAGCAGAUCUUACUCCUACUACAUUGAAGUGUCUAUGGACGAGCUAGACUGGGUGCGAGUGGUGGAUCAUUCCAAGUUCCUGUGUCGCUCCUGGCAGAACCUUUAUUUCCAAGCCCGCGUCUGCAGGUUUAUCCGUGUUGUGGGGACACAUAACACGGUCAACAAGGUCUUCCAUUUAGUAGCUCUGGAAUGCAUGUACACUCAGCGACCCUUUAUCUUGGAGAAUGGCCUUCUGGUCCCCAGUGAGAAUGUAGCGACGGUGCAGGCAGGCGCGAGCGUGGUGGAAGGUGUGAGCCGCUGCCGAAACGCCCUUUUGAACGGAGACACAAGCCACUACGACUGGGACUCGGGAUACACCUGUCACCAGCUGGGCUCCGGUGCCAUCGUCAUCCAGCUCGCCCAGCCUUACCAGCUCAGCUCCAUGAGGUUGUUGUUGUGGGACUGUGACGAGCGAAGUUACAGCUACUAUGUGGAACUCUCCGCUAAUCAGCAGCACUGGGUCAGAGUGGUGGAUCGGACUCGCGUUCCAUGCAGGUCAUGGCAGACUCUGCGUAUUGAGAGACAGCCAGCUUCCUUCAUUCGUAUCGUGGGGACGCACAACACGGCUAAUGAGGUCUUUCACUGUGUGCACUUUGAAUGUCCGGCUCAGCUAGACACUGAGGUCAAAGAGGGUACUCCGGGCUUGGAUCACCCAAAUGCAGACCACACUACGCAUCAGGCUCAGCACUCCCAGCCCCAGGGCCUCCCCGCCCAGAGAUGCACCACUUCAUCCUUUCACACAUAGGAAUGUGAAUGUCACAGUGUUUACUUAAACUUACACGUACGACGAAACACAUCAGGCGCUUAUGUCAUAAGUUUGUGUUCCAGCAUAACAUGCUGCUAAUGGUAUAUAUAUAUCAAAUAUAUUUAUAAUAAUUCCUUAGUUAUAGUAAUUGGGAUGAUGAAGACGAAGAUGACGAUAUUUAUGAAGACAUUGCUGUAUAUAGGCACAUAGUUUAUUCUGUUCCAUCAACUACAAAAUCUUCGGCGUCUUUUUAUUGCGAGUAACUUCCCAGAUUGUCAUCAUCACUUUUAAAGACUGUCUUUUUUUCCCCUUCUCUGCAUGAUAUUAGAAAAAUAUUAAAAUAUAAGUUUCAUUUUUAUUUAUUUAUUUUUAUUAAACAUCACUGGUAGACAGUGCCACACAGUGAUAGAGCCAGUGAUGGGAGCUCCAAAGAAUGUAGAAAAGACAUAUCAGGACUAGUAAAUAGUCCUAGGUCAAAAUCAGUCUGACAGGGUACGAUGCAGCCCACGAUGUAAGAGACAAGGUCUGAAUCGAAUCAAAAAGUAAAACACUCAAUACCUGAGUUGAAAUUCUGUGCAUAUACACCAGUUCUUGUGUGUGUUUGUGAGAGAAACAGAGAGAAAGAGCUUAAAUUUCUUUCUGAGCUUGAAGGCAUAGACAACACCCACAAAUAUUUCAGUGUUCUUAUUGUGGCGGCAUGGUGCAAUGGAUUGCCGCCCUGUCCAGGUUGUACCCCACCAUUUUCCUGAAGUUUCCUGGGAUUUCCAGGUUUUCUGCGACCCUGUAUAGGAUAAGCAGUAUUUAAGAUGAAGAUGUUCUUAUAGUCUGUAGACAGGGUAAUGUGGAUUUAAUAAAAGUUAAUAAACAGA